UGGAAGAAGCAGAUAUUAAUGGAAAUGGGCGAUGAGGUUGGUGGAGUUUGAGAAUUGCGCCAUACCAUCCUCCACUCCGUACUCGAUUCUUGCUAUAAAUCUCCGCCAUUUCUCCACUCUUCAGAUCUGAAUCUCGCCCUCUGAUUUCUGCCAUUCUCUCCUUCAUUCCGUCUUCACCUUACUUGCAUCCAUGGCGUACGAGAGGAUCCUCUUGGGAAUGGGCAAUCCUCUUCUUGACAUCUCAGCUGUCGUCGAUGAUGAGUUUUUGAAGAGAUACGACAUCAAGCUGAACGAUGCUAUCCUUGCAGAGGAGAAACAUCUUCCAAUGUAUGCAGAAUUGGCAAACAAUCCUAAUGUGGAGUACAUUGCUGGAGGUGCUACACAAAACUCGAUCAAAGUCGCUCAGUGGAUGCUCCAACAUCCUGGUGCAACAAGCUAUAUCGGUUGCAUUGGCAAAGACAAAUUCGGGGAGGAGAUGAAGAAAAACUCGAAAAGUGCAGGUGUUAAUGUUCAAUAUUAUGAGGUUGAUUCUACACCAACAGGAACCUGUGCUGUAUGUGUGGUGGGUGGUGAAAGGUCGCUUAUUGCCAAUUUGUCUGCCGCAAAUUGCUACAAGUCAGAUCAUUUGAAAAAACCUGAAAAUUGGGCAUUAGUUGAAAAGGCCAAGUAUUUCUACAUUGCUGGGUUUUUCCUUACCGUAUCACCAGACUCCGUGCAGAUUGUGGCCGAACACGCGGCUGCAAACAAAAAGUAUUUCUCAAUGAAUCUGUCUGCUCCAUUUAUCUGCGAGUUUUUCAAGGAUGCACUGGAGAAAGUUUUACCGUAUAUGGACAUCAUUUUUGGUAACGAAACCGAAGCAAGGACAUUUUCGAAAGUUCAGGGUUGGGAGACUGAGAAUGUCGAGGAGAUAGCGCUAAAGAUUGCUCAGUGGCCAAAAGCAUCAGAAACACGCAAGAGGAUUGCUGUUAUUACUCAAGGUCCAGAUCCAGUUGUAGUUGCUGAGGAUGGAAAAGUUAAGAAGUUCCCAGUUAUUUUGUUGCCAAAAGAGAAACUUGUCGACACAAAUGGAGCAGGAGAUGCGUUCGUAGGAGGAUUUCUAUCUCAGUUGGUGCAAGAAAAACCCAUCGAGGACUGUGUAAAAGCUGGGAUUUAUGCAUCAAAUGUCAUCAUACAAAGGUCUGGCUGCACAUUCCCUGAGAAGCCUGAUUUUAAAUGAGCAUUUCCUCUCUUGAUAUCUAUCAACCUCUUAGCUUAUUUCCAAUUGCAUUAUCUUUGAUUCACGAGCUGUGGAUGGUAGCUAAUAUCUUCCCAUCCCAAUAGCCGUCUACCCUAUCCUAUCUUUGUUAUGCCCAAUUAUUAUAAGAAAUGAGCCUUUGCCUUUGGUAAUAGCGCCCUCUACUUUUAAGUGUCGUGUCCUGAAAUUCAUUAGUUUGGCCUUUUAAGCAAAUUUGUUCCUCUUUCUUGCUGAAGUUUCUGGCAUUUCCAUGCCAUGAUGUAUUAGAAAACAAGCAAUGGAGGCAACAAACUGAGCUUCCUUUCCCACGGUUGUCUCUUUUGAGAUCCACAAUGCUUGUGCUUUUGCUUUGUUCUUAAUUCUGAUUCAUUGUGAUCUUCAUGUCAUUCCCACA